AUGGACGGCUCCGCCGUGUUCCGGGCCAGCUCGCCAGUGUCCAGCCUGAGCGCCGAGCUCGGCUUGGUGGUUAUCGGCGACACGUCAGGUGCCGCCACGCUCGUCGACCUGGGCAGCGGCGCGGUGCGGCGGAAGCUCAGCUCCGAAGACCCCAUCCUGGCAGUGGCAGUGGCCGCCCCGCUGCGCGCGGUGCUUGGCGCCGGGGGCCGCGCUGUACGGGAGAGCUCGACGGUGGCGGUUUGGGAUUCGGACACGGGGGAGCUGCGUGCCCAGAUGCAGUACAAGAAGCUGGUCACGUGCAUGAUCUUCGUUCCCGAGCUGCGCUCGGCAGUGACGGGCGACGGCUCCUUCAGCCAGGAGAAGCCACAGGGCCGCAUUGUCCUGUGGAAUCCGGACAGCCUCGAGCAGCACCUGAAGCUCAAUUGUGCCAGCACCAUCACCUGCGUGGCCUGGAGUGCGGCAGACAAGGUCCUCGUUUCAACGGAUCGCAGUCACUGUGUCUGCAUCUGGCAGCCCGACAGCGGGGCCAAGCUGCAGGAAAUUCGCACAGACGCCGCGUACAUACCGUGGCACAUUGCGACGCCGUCAGGCGAACAACGCUUGACCUUCACGUACAGCCUGUGCGGUUUCAAGGAGAAUUAUGGACGCCUCUGCGUCUAUCGCAGUGGCACUACAGAGCAGUAUGGAGAUUUCGACCACCCUGUGCUUUCGGCCGUGUUUCUUCCGGAGUCUCCCGUCGUCGCAUGUGGACUCCGAAAUGGUGACAUUCUCUGCUGGGACUUGGAUGCCCAGCGGCUUCGGACGCGCUCUGUGAAAAUGCAGGGCGCCGUGAACUGCUUGGCACUGAACUUGGUGCGCGGAGAGCUCGUCGCCGGUGACAAAACCGGGGCUGUUUGCGCGUGGCCUAUCGCCUACAUGCUCUCAGACUGA